CCCUCUUCAUCCUCCAGCUUUUGCGUGCAUGUGAGGUGAUUGAAAAUACCAUGGCUUGGGUCACUGGGAGCCCUGGUGGCCCAGUUGUUAAGAGCUACAGCUGCUAACCAAAAGAUCGGCAGCUUGAAUCCACCAACCACUCCUUGGAAACCCUAUGGGGCAGUUGUACCCUGUCCUAUAGGGUCGCUGUGAGUCAGAAUGGACUUGACGGCAAUGGUUCUGAAAGUAGAGGGACCACUUACUUUCCUACUGGAAAGAGCACUGCAGUAGAAGUCCUAAAACCUGAGUUUUAGGUUCACCUCUGAGUAUCCACGAUUCCUUUUCUGUGCUUGUCAGGAGUUUGGAUUCAUCAUGGAUAAUCUGUCACCAGAAGAGAUUCAGCUGAGGGCUCAGCAGGUUACUGAUGAGUCUCUGGAAAGUACAAGGAGAAUCCUGGGUUUAGCCAUUGAGUCUCAGGAUGCGGGAGUCAAGACCAUGGGGAUGUUGGCUGAACAAGGGGAACAACUAAAACGUGUAGAAGAAGGCAUGAACCAAAUAAAUGAAGACAUGAAAGAGGCAGAGAAGACUUUAACAGAACUCAACAAGUGCUGUGGCCUUUGUGUCUGCCCAUGUAACAGGACGAAGAACUUUGAGUCUAGUAAGGCCUAUAAGACAACAUGGGGAGAUGGCAGAGACAACUCAGAUAACAAUGUAGUAUCUAAGCAGCCAGGCCGGGUGACAAAUGGCCAACCUCAGCAAGCAGCCAAGGGAGCAGCCAGCGGUGGAUACAUUAAACGUAUAACUAAUGAUGCCAGAGAAGAUGAAAUGGAGGAGAACUUGACUCAGGUGGGCAGUAUCCUCGGAAAUCUAAAAAACAUGGCCCUGGACAUGGGCAAUGAGAUUGACGCUCAUAAUCGACAAAUAGAACGGAUCACAGAAAAGGCUGACACCAACAAAGAUCGUAUUGACAAUGCCAAUGCAAGAGCAAAGAAACUCAUUGACAGCUAAAGCUACUGCUGUACUUUAUCAUUUAUUUCCGUCUCUAGCUCCUCCCUCAGAGUCAUUACCUUUUCAGAGUUUUGGUCCCACACUUUUCUAAUUGGAAGAUAAUGUAAGAAGGGCAAGAGGAGUAAAAGCCCCCUUAUUCUUUUCUCUCUCCUUUGAGGCCACACUGUGCUGCCCAGCCUUCCUUCUGGUAUUUUUUCCUCAGUUCAUACUCUGAGGUUGAUUUUCAUACAUCACAUACAGUAUUGUUUUCAUCUUCCUUGCUUACUGUAGCAGGUUCUUUAGCCGUCAAGAUUUGCAAAGAUAGCCAUGAAGAAGGAAGCUGUAGAUUUGUUGGGGGAAAAGGGACAGAGACAAGGGGUUGUUACCUCAGUAAAAUCUGUAGGCUCCGAAGCAGAAAGUUACCUAGCCACAGUAAAGGUCUAGUUGUGUUUAGUUUUUAACUUAAGUUGCAGUUAUUGCCAGUUUAGGCUAAAGCUUGGCUUUGGAGAUUUUAUGCACAAUAUUUUUGUUACACAUCACAAAUUUACAAUCUCUACUCCUAAAAGAGGACUAGAAUUUUUCUUAAACUGCAUUUAAUUUCUGAACUGUUAGUGAUUAAUGUAUGUGCAUAGAUUCUAUGACCCCCUUUCAUAUUAUACCAUUCAGGAACACUUGGUAUAAACAAACAGCUUUUUAUUUUCAUAAUGUUAGUGGUAUCAUGGUCCCAUAUCAGGCCUAUAAUCUGUUAUUAGUCUUUGAAGAAAAAAAUAUAUAAAUACAUAUGUGUAACAUGAGAAAUUUCUCUCUAAGGCAGGGUUUAAAUUUUUUUGGAAAAGUUUGACAAAGUACAUCAAGUGAAUUCAGAUUUACCUCAAUGCCAAGAAUUAUGUUUAGAUAGGAAAAAAAGGAACUUAUUUUGAUCUCAGGUAGAAUAAUAGAUUGAGUUUUACAUAGCUUUAGACUAUUUUUUUUUUUUUAAUCUGAAACUUUGUUUAACUAAAAGUGGUUUGGAAAAUUAAUGCCUUUGGUUUAAUUAUUCAUGAUUAUGUCAUUCUCUUAGCCUUGUGUAUCGAACCAUAUCCAGAAUAUCAUGUUUAUUUAGAUCCUGAA